AUGAAAGUAUCAGUAACCUAUAGCAAGAGACUUUGUGAAGUCGCCGAAGAUGACAUCACUUUUACGGAAGUGGACGCAGAUGGAUUGCUGCUACCGCACAGCGAUGCACUGGUAAUUUCUUUAAAUGUGCUAUACUUUAAAAUCAAACGUGUUCUAGUGGAUCCAGGGAGUUCGACCAAUAUCAUACAAUGGAAAGUAUUGGAGCAAGCUAAACUCACCGGAAGCAUCAUUCUGGCCAUAAAACUCCUCGCCGGGUUCAACCUCGCGAGCGUGACAACCCGAGAAGAGAUUUUGUUGCCCACGAACGCCGAAGGAGUGAUGAUAAUGACUUUUUUUGAAGUGGUAGAUGGUGAUAUGGGAUAUAAUAUUAUUCUGGGAAGACCAUGGUUGCACGAGAUGAGAGUUGUACUAUCAACGUAG